AUGCCCACCAAGACCAGCUUCCCCAGGCCCAAUGGCGUCCCAAAGACAUAUGGAGAGGGAGUUCCGAUCCCACUUCUUCUACCUAUCGCAGAGCCUCCUCCCGAUGCGCAUUUUCCAGCCCGCAAGCUCCCUGAGCCGACAAUUGUGGCGGGCUUCCGGAGGACGUCGCAUGUAAUACCUGCAGCUUACCUGCGUUCGCUGCCGAACGAGUCGCCUCUCAGAGACCGCGCCACGAGCGGUGAACCGUUUGACGUGAAGGCGAUGGCUCGGAAGCUCGUGGAGGCGAGGCUCGAGUUCGAAAGCGAAGAUAUGCAGAAGAAAUUCAAGGGAGCGUCGAGGGUUGUAAUGUGGAAUUGUGUGGAUCGAUUCGUCCCUGUCACUCCUGUGUCGGGUGGGCGUGGGCGUGGCCUUACUCUCUUCUUGACGCACGCGACCGGGUCUCCGCGGCAGAUUUGGGAACCAGCAAUCGCACAUUUGAUCACGAAUGCGAGAGCAUCUUCGAUCGCGAUCGAGGAGAUAUGGUCAUUCGAGUCCGUGCAGCAUGGCGACAGCGCCUUGCUCAACGAGCAGGGGCUCCGCGACGUAUCUAUUGCCAACCCGGCUCUCUUCGACAAGCUCAUCCUAAUCGAGCCGAUGAUCGUCCCGCCGUCUUUCACCAGGGGCAAGGGUUUGGAUUUGUUGCUGAAGGCGGCCCUCAGCAAACCUGAGAAAUGGCCUUCAAGGAAGCACGUCAAGGAGAGUCUCCUCAGGAGUCCAGCAAUGAAGACCUGGGAUCCAGAGGUAGUCGACGUCUUCGCCGAACAUGGUGUCGUCGAGUGCGAUAAACCCAACUCGUCCCGCCCGGGGCAAACAUCCGAUGGCGAACGUGCAGUACGCCUAAAGACGCGCCCGUUCGACGAGGCUGUUGUUUACUGCGAAUGGAACGUGUGCUACGAGGCAUGGACGGGACUCAAGGACCUUGACCCCCGGAUCCAUCUGCACUGGAUUAUGAGUGCUCGGACAAACGCUACUACUGGUGGUGAGGACGUCACGCGGGAAACUGUCUGGAGACGCGUGAGGAAUACUACGAACGUCCGUCUGCCCGAGGUCGGGCAUCUGGCAGUGCAGGAAGCACCGAAGGCUGUUGCCACUGCCAUCUUGGACGCACUAGUACGGAAGGAGACCAAACACACGCUCUGA